GGACUUUUCUAAAGAAUGUUUGUUUUCUCCUGUCCCGCAGACAUCGAUGAAGAAGAUCUUCCUCAUGAGCUGGAAGAAGAGCCACAGCACCGCCACAUUAAAGAGGAAGAAGAGGUACCACAUUCCCAUCACAUUAAAGAGGGAGGGGAGGAUCCACAGCCCCCCCACAUUAAAGAGGAACACGAGACACCACAGACCCAUAGUGUUAAACUGACCCUUCACAUUAAAGGUCAAGCAGAGGACCCACUGAUCUUACACAGCAAAAAUGAAGAGGAGGACCCACUGACCCCUCACUUUAAGGAGCAAGAGAACCCGCUGACCCCUCACAUUAAAGAGGAAGAGGAGGACCAAGAGCUGUUGCACAUUAAAGAGGAAGAGGAGGAACACCGCAUCAGUCAGCCUAAAUGGUUGGAGGAGUUCCCAGUGACUUGUGUCCCUGUGAAGAGUGAAGAUGAUGAGGUCAAAGGUGAAAGUGAGGAGAAGAGAGAGGCGGAGCCUCCAAGCAGCAGCUCAACACAACACAUGACAACAGAAGCUGAUGGAGACCACUGUGGAGGAUCACAAGCAGACAAGCUCUUAGCUCCACUAUCAGAUAGUGAGGACACAACGUCACACUCUCCUGACACUGAUGAUGAAGACUCUAAAGAUGAUAAGACAUGUCACACUGACAACACUCACUUCAAAUGUUCUCACUGUGACAAAACCUUUAAAUACCAUAGUCUUCUGAAAAGACACAUGAGAAGACACACUGGAGAAAAACCUUUUUCUUGCUCAGAAUGUGGUAAAGGUUUAGUGACAAGUUGCAAUUUGAAAGUGCACAUGAGAACGCACACCGGAGAAAAACCUUUUGUCUGUUCACUCUGUGGUAAAGGUUAUGUACAAAGUAACAAUUUGAAAGUACACAUGAGAACACACACUGGUGAAAAACCUUUUUCUUGUUCAAUCUGUGGUAAAGGUUUUGCACAAAGUUCAUCGUUGGUAAAACACAGAAGAAGACACACCGGAGAAAAACCUUUUUCUUGUUCAAUCUGUGGUAAAGGUUUUGUUCUAAGUAACAAUUUGAAAGUGCACAUGAGGGUGAAAAAUCACAUUCCUGUUCAAGCAACAGAAGCUUUUGUGAGCGAUCAAACCUUGUAGCACACAUGAGAACACACCCGGGAGAGAAAGUGUUGAGUUGCAGUGUGUGUGGUGAAAGAUUGUCUUCUAAGAACCAGUGUAAGAAACACAAGUGUGCUGGUGAGAACAGCAGCAGCAAAUGAAACUGCAGGAUUUGAAAUAAACUUUAAUUUGGACUUUCUAACAACAUCAGCACAUAUAACAUGUGUGACAUUGUUGUUUGUGUAACAAUCUUGUUAACAUGCUUCUAUUUUUAUACACCCAUUUUUUUCCAGUCCAUUACAUGCAUUAAUAUGCAACAUUGUGUACUUUUAUAUUGACAUAAACUAUUACAAGAGGAACAAUUUUACUGAAAAGAUCAGUAAAUCCAAAACAGUACAAAACAUGUGAUACAUUCAAUUAACAUUUAGUGUACGUACAUUUUAUACAAGAUCAUUUCCUUUUAAAAUGUGACUUUAUGUGUAACGUUGUUGUUUGUGUAACAAUAUUUUAAUAUGCUGCUACAUUUAUAGAUUAGAUAUUUUGUAUUAGUGUUUUUUUUAGUCAAGUACAUGCAUUAAUAUGCAACAUUGUGUACUUUUAUUAAAAAUGUAACAGAAAAAUUUGACUGAAAAGGUGAGAGUAAACAAUACAAGACAUAUUUUACAUACAAUAAAACAUUUUAUGUGUAUAUAUAUUCAUCAUACAAUAUUAGACUUAUUCAUAAUAGUGUUUUCUAUAGGUGUUUGAAAUAUUGAAGUGUGACAUAUUUUUAUUUCUAAUUAUUAAUAAUCCCAUAGAUUAGCACCUUUAUAUGAUAUACAUAUGUACUGGUUCACAUCUGAAACAUCUUCUGGACCACUUCAGGAAGCAUAUUAUUAUUUACUUUAUACUUAAUUUGAACAGUUGUCUUUAUACAGUUUUAAAAUGUGACUAUGAGUCAUUUGUUGGGUCUCUAUAAUAAUUUGUAUUAAUUAUAUUUAUUACUCUCUUUUGUAAUAUGAUGAUUGUGUUGCGAUUGUUUUAUAUGUAUGUCCCCAGACCUUUCUGCAGUAUAAAAGUGAGAGAAAAUGGCUGAAUUGUUUGUGGAAGAAUGGUUUUGUUUUUACAAACAUACAUUUGUGGAUAAAAUAAAAAAAAUC